UAGUGAGGAACUUGUAUAGGAAGGGGAUUCAGAUAUUGAUGUGCUGAGAUACAGAAGUUAUAUAGGAAUUUGUGACAACGUAACCAUAGAUAUUACAGGCAGUGCAGACAACACAUGAUGUGAGAAACAAACCACCCAGAGUGAAAACAUAAAUGGUUAGAUGGCGACAUCUACUGGUUAAAGCGGCUGCCUUCACCAUCCCAGCUGAAGAUGUAUGCUGUGAGCUCUUGUUGAAAAAAGUCGGAGCUUCCCAGAGGGGCACUUGAAGGCAACACAUAUGCGUCGGCGUUUCUAUGGUUGCAGUGGUUUAGAGUACUGACAGGAAAACAGGUGAGUGUCUGAACAAGUUCCCUUACUUUUUUCCCCUUUAUGUUUAACUAGCACGACACAUUUAGUGCUGUUUUCAUUGUCACUGUGAAUACAAUAAACGCAGUGGAUAUUUUUAAGUGGUUAAACUGGAGUUUCGUUGGUUUUUACCCCAACGCUAGCGUCGUUUAGCAAAACAUGCGAUAGCUGCUAAGCUAGUUGACGGAUGACUUUUCUACUAACGCUAACUGGUUAGGUUGAGAUACAUCGUUAAGCGAUAUCGACAGACAAUUGACAACAGUGUUCAACAGUUAUAGUUUUUAUUAAUGAGCUUUAUUCGAGGAAAAAAAAUACACACCUAUUUUUCUUUCUAUUUCACACAGCUGCCAGGGUUGGUGUGGACAGUGUUUUCCUGCUGAAACCUUCUCCAGUUACAUUUUGACGACCACAUAGAUGAUCAGAUCUUCGUGAAGCAGACUGUUCACCUUCAAUGUGAGCAUGGAUAAAGAAGUCAAACAUGAUGAGAUAUGUAAAGUAUUGAACACUGAGCAAAAGAAGCAUCCUUCUCUGGGACAAACAGUUCUGGCCAAGCCAUGGGACUCUGUGGAGUCAGACACAGAGAGCUUGGCCCAAGAGAGAGUUUACCAAAAGCAGCUACAAAUGCGUAUUGGACACCAUGACCAAAUUAAAUACAUACAGCCUCAAAAGGAGAACACUGACAGCUUACAGCUGGGAGAGGAAGAGGAUGACAAUUCAAAUGAUGAUGAAACUGAAGAUCUUCAGGUUUAUGAUAGCCUCGAUGUAGCAACACACCCUCAUGCCAAAAGGAACCCCAGCCUCUUACAGACUGAAUAUUUGGACACACAAAUAGAUGAAAGACAAGAAACAAGCCAGCUGUCCAGUGAUGAUGCCUAUUCUGACCUACGCUAUGACCCCAACUGGAGGACCAACCUGAGGGGAGCUGGCCGCUUCCAUGACAACCCACAGAUUUCCAUUGAGGAAUAUUACCAAGUCCCAAAAGAACAAUCCAGUCAGUCGUGUGGUGACACGCAGGGACUGGUAAUAAAAGGAGGAUACAGAUACAUCGUUGACACAAGUCCAUCUGUGGUGAUGACUCCUCACAUGGCUGGCAAUGAGUUUGACCAGCCGUACCGCCUACACUCACCAGAUGAUCAGACGAGCUCAGUAACAUCUCCCCACAGCCAUGCUUUACAGCUGCCAUCACCAGAAGCUGACCACUUGAAGCCAUCCUGCUUUUUCAAUAAAAAUGAAAGUGACAGAGCCUUACACAAAGGAUUCAGAAACAAGCAUGAAAAUAGCUAUGACAAUGCUGGGGGAAAUAUUAUCAGAUCUCCUGGGCUGACCAAGGAUAUGCAUGCUAUGUCCAUCCAAGAAUUUAAGACCUACCAACAGCAAGAACGGAGACAAGGAGGAAAACAGCAAACGUGCACAUCCACAAUUUCCAAGGUCCCACAUAGUAAAAAGCCAGAAAGACUGACAGAGGACAUGGUGAAACGCAACAAAAUAACCCUGGGGCGCAACACAUCCAAAUGUGGCUCCUACAUGCGUGUGCAUGCACUUAAGCAGGAGACGUCACAUAAUGUUAAAAAGGUGCAUGAAACUCCUAAGGAGACAACCAGCGCAGAAAGUCAAGAGGACAGUGCAGACCCUGACCAGAUGUGGCUCCAGAAAACUCAACAGUUGAGGGUCACCCAGAUCAGGGAUGGGAAGAAAGCCCAGCGGAAACAACACCCCAAUCCCCCUGAACAGCAGCAGCACCCUGCCCGGGGGGUCAAAGCUGAGGGGGGAGACUGUCUGAGCUCCCCAUUGGCAAGUCCAGCCGCUGUUACCCAGCCAGAUCCUCAGGCGACGACCUCAUCGCAGCCUUUGCUCCCCGCCAUCCACCUCAACAUCCUGCUCAACACUUCAUCCCAUCUCCUUCCAUUCAUCCAGCAGAGGGACCAGGAUGACAUCAUCGAGUUAGCAUCACUUCAUGGCUGUCCUGAUUGGAGCCCUGCAUCUGAAGUUGGACUCACCUUGUCCCCUGGAUGUCAACAAGCAAAUCCAGGAAAGUCCUACCAGAAGUCUCAGAAAGGGGUAAAAGCACACCUUCGCAACCGAAACCUGGAGAGUAGGCCCGAACAAUGGCAAAGGACACCUGCAUUAGAGGGGCCAGUAUCCUGUGAAGAAGGGGACCAGAAGUGGAUUCCAAAUGAGAGUUACACUAAGCAAUUUCCACAAAACUUCCCAAGGACACCCACCACCCCUUCGUCACUGGGUUCAGGUUGCUACACAGUUUUGCCCCCUAUACGACAGUCAUUGAGAGGAGCGGAGUCUGAGCUCAGCCCUGAUCAGAGUGUAAAAACAGCCUUCCCCAUCCAUAGAAGCAGCUCUGACGGCUAUCUUGUUCAGAUGGAGAAACAGAAGCAGCUGAGGGCAAGAGUCACUUACAAGGCAUACAGUCUUAAAGACUACACGCAGCUGAAAUCAGAUAUAAAUCUGCGAGGCCUGGGUCCUGACUACAAAGCCAUUGAAAAGACAAAAAUGAAACGACAGAAGCUGUAUUCAAAUGUGAUCCGCGAGCAGAACAAAAACAUAAGGAGGAUUCCCUUUCUACUGGCCAAGGACCCGGAAGGCAAUGACAAGAAAGUUCCCAGGAUAAAGGCUUUGGAAUAUGCUAAGACCAUUGCCAAACCCCCUGUACAGUCUCAACCAAAAGAGAGACAGAAACACCAGUCUGAAGACUUCACUGAGCACGCUCUUUACUUGGAGGACUUGGACAUCUCCCAGCUGGCCACACUGGAAAUCCUAAGAAAACGGCAUGAGAAAGAAAAGCAGGCUGUUGCACGACUCAGAAAAGUACAUGCUGUCUGAGGCAAGAUACAAUUUGUCCACCA